AUGUUCACCUUGUCUAGUGUUAUUCGAUAUCAACUUCAAACACCAUUCUUCUUAUCGCCUCUACGCCAUUAUGUUGUGAAGGCAAUUGAUAUGGAUCAGUUAGAAGCCUCUAUUCGAUCCUUCUCACUAUCUGGAUCUCAACAAGAGUCAAGUAAACUAAAAGAAGUAUUGGAUGAUCUUAUUCAGUGUAGUGAUACGCGUAAAGUACGUUUGUGUAAAGAUGCCUGUCGUUUGGCACACGCAGCGGGUUAUUAUACACGAUGUGCGGAAUUAUUUUUCAGCUGUCGUAAAUUAUCUCCAUUACUAUUAAGUGAUGUAGUGAUUAAUGCUGCAGCGUUAACAUUAAGGCCGGAGUAUUUACAAAAGUGUUUGUCUUGUUUAGAUAAGACGACUCUCACAGAAGGUUCAUCUUCUUUUGAGAUAUUGUUAGCUUUACGUAUUUAUUGGCAUAGUACUAGGUGUUUUAUUCAAUAUGAACAUUUUCGUCCACGUGGGAAAAAUAUAAGAAAAGAAGUAUUUAUUAUAAAUGGAGUAGAAGUAGAGGCGGAGGAACGAAAAACUAUUCUCGCAGAAUAUCGUAAUAUUUCUUUAGAAGCCUUUCAUUUAUUGAAACUAUCAAGUAAUAAUAUAUUAUUAUUAUUUGAUCCUUGGUGGUCUAAAACAAAACGUUUGGUUUUAUAUCAUGAAAAAGAUAAAGGAGAAGCUGCUGUUUACAAACAAUUCUUUUCUUAUUGUGAAAAUAAUAUGCAGGAUAAGAAAUCUAUUUGGUUCUCUCCACAGUUUUUAGUAAGUAUGAUACGUUCUUGUGUAAAAGGUGAAGAAUGGGAUAUUGCCAAUCAUUAUAUUGAACUUGCUAUUUCAUAUCUUACUUCAGGAACAUAUUCAUUAUUAGAUGAUUUACUUUUACAGCAGUGUUUUAUAUUUUUUCAUAUUUCUAUACAAAGCCAAAAAGGUAUUAUAUUGAUUAAACAAAUUCGAGAGAAGUUUCCAUCUUAUAUUCCUACCGUCUCUGUAGUUCAAAGUAUUGCAAAACUAGCAGGAGAUACAAGUAAUGAAGAGUUAGCCAUUUGGUGUUUACAAACUCUUCUUCAUGAACGUCAAGUUAUUCCCCCUUCAUCGGAUGAUAUUUUUAUUUCUCUGAAAGCUCUUGCAAAGUGUCGAGCAAAAAAUUUUAGGAAAUUAUUAGAUGCCCUUGGGGAAUCAGGUGUUAUUAAAUUAUCAAAAGAAGAAUGGUUAUAUUUGGAAUUAGUAUAUAGUCGUCGUAGUGUUUGUUGGGAAGAAGAAAUUGGCAAACAAAUAGAAGCAUACUUUACAAAUGUAACAGGAGAUCUCAUUCAUUAUGGAUUUUCUCUAAGAAAUGCUGGUUUACUACUUCGAAUUUUACAAGAAUCUGAACAUCCUGGUUUUAUGAAUUAUUAUAGAAGUUUUAAAAGAGAAUUUAAUACGCAUAUUCUGUUAGAACACAUAAAAGCAGAAUGGUUAGUUAUUGCAUUAAAAUGGGCUUCCACUCAACCCAUACUAGAUAGUAAAGAUUACGAAUCUCUUGUAAAUGAAGCUAAUAGGUUUCUUAAUAUGGAAACAAAAGAUUCAAAUCCUAUUUUACUUCAUCCAUCACUUUUGUUAAAGAUACGUACACGUUUAAGUGUGAUUGAACAAUUAAAAGGAAAUAGUACAUAUCUUAAUAAUAAUAAUAAUAAUAAUAAUAAUAAUAAUAAUAAUAAUAAUAAGACUACUACAUUACCGUUGAGUAGUGGAGGUGGUGGGGAUAUUUCUCUGGUGCCUUUUAUGAAGCAACGUCAUUGUUUAUCCAAACCACAUUUACUAAAAAUGGUAAAUGAAAGUGAAAGAGUUCCUUCAUUCUAUCGUGUGAAGGGACAUUGGCGAGCCUCGGAUGCCCUUACCUCGCUCGCUCAACAGGAGUGGAAUAAAGUUAUUCAAAGCGGAAGUUGA